CCACCUUAAGAGCGAGCCCCGCCCCGGGCCCGGAGCUCGCGUCCCGCUGAUUGGCGCAGACCUAAUGGCUGAAAUUGAUUGCUGAAAUGCAAAACUUGUUGCUGGUUCCCGAGCGCAGGGCGAGAGACAGAGAGAGAGAGGGGAGCGGAGGGAGACCCUCGGAGCGCCCCACACCGAGGCCUCCCCCCCCCCCGCCCCCAGCCGGGAGAGGGGAGCGAAGGCCCCGGCUUCCUCCCUUCCCCUGAGCCCAGAGAGAAGAGCGCAGCGCACCCAGCCCCCCUCCUCGGGUUUGUGCCUCCCACCCUGCUCAGAUCUCCCCCCCCCCCCUUCUCAGCCUGAAAGGGGGAGUGGAGGCUCGGAAGCACCUCGGGGCAGAGGCCGGGCGGCGGAGAGCCCGAGAGCUACCUCUCCCCCUCCCCUCCGCGGCCAGAGCAGGGAGCCGAGCGAGCGAGCGAGCGAGCCCAGCCAAACUCCGAGCCCCGGACCAGCGGUCGGGAAAGGGAAGAGGAGAGAACGAAGGGACUGCAGGACGCCAGGGGAAGGCAAGGCGGCGGAGGUGGCCGGCACCCUGAGCAUAGGAGGACUGAACGGCGCUCGCCCCGCCGCCCCGGGCCGCGGACACUCAGCCCCGUGGAAGGGAAAGCGGACGUCCGGCUGUGGCCCCCAGCCCAACGUCUUGGGUCCGUCACUCGAGCCCGGCAGCCCGAAGCUUCCCGCCCCAGGUGUGGGACUACCUCGGAACGUCCCAGCCCGGCCGGGAAGCCGGCUCGGGGCCCCCACGUUCGCCAUGCGGAGCGGAGCCCCCAGCAACUGGAUCCCCUAGAGCAGAGGCAGCCUGAACCGCACUGUCUGCGGAGAGCGCGGGGCGGAUCGGAACCACCCGGCCGGCGGAUAUUUGGACAGCAGGGGCUCGGGAGACUCCGGGAGGGGGACCUUCCGUCCUCCAGCGCCAGCCUGCUCUGAAUGACUUCCCUUCGCGGGGCCUUUCAGCUAGUGCUCUCGGGGGCUAGGCGGCAGCUCUCCGGACCCCAGGCAAUUUGGACUUGAGAAGGUGAUCGUCUUUUCUCCCCACUCCCUUCCCCCUACCCUCCACUUUACUUUUUGUCCGAGCAAGAGGCCCUGCUAGCCUCCAGCCCCGAGCCGCCUCAGCCCCGGGGCUGGCUCCCCCGCCCCUUCCCCGUCCCCCUUUCCCCCCUCCCAGGACCCACGCGUCUCCGUGCGAACCGCCCGGGGCAUGUGGCCGGCUGCUCUCCCCCUAGAGGCCUUACCAUUCUGCAAGAUGUGAGCCCAGCCCGCGGGAUUCUGGCCAAGGCAGUAUUUUGGGUGAGGAGCGGAGACCCCCACCCCCGACCCCUGGUCCCUAACCCCGCUCACCCGUUGUCCCCGGCCCCCGGCCCAGGCUCCAGCCCCAGGGCGAGGUGGCGGCGCGCGCUGCGCCCUUACCCAGUUGAGCGCGCCCCUAGCCGCCUCGGAGCGCCGGUCCCGGGGGCACAGCGAGCUGCUGGCAGGAGGCGCGCGGGGAGAAGCAGGCUGUCAUGCCCUAUUGAUUCUCCUCCGCCCCCUGACCCUCUUCCCCCUCCCCCGAAAGUAUGUUCGGCCUGGAUCAGUUUGAGCCCCCGAUCAAUAGCCGAAACGCUGGCCAAGGCGAGAGAAACUUUGGCGAACCCGGCCUGAGCAUGAACGGCCACUUCAAAGCCCCGGCUUUUCACGCGGGGGGGCCGGCAGACCCGGCCAUCAGCGCUCUGGGCGAGCCCCCUCUCUUGGGUAUGAACAUGGGCAUGGCCGGGGAGCCCUACGGCUUCCACGGGAGAGGGCACUCCGAGCUGCAUGCGGGGGGCCUGCAGCCUCAGCCGGUGCACGGGUUCUUCGGCAGCCAGCAGCCCCACCACGGCCACCCCGGCGGCCACCACCCUCACCAGCACCACCCCCACUUCGGCGGCAACUUCGCAGGCCCGGAUCCCGGUGCCUCCUGCUUGCACGGGGGCCGGCUUUUGGGCUACGGCGGCGGCGGCGGGGGUGGCCUGGGCAACCAGCCUGGUUUCGCUGAGGGCUACGAGCAUAUGGCGGAAACCCAAGGGGGUGAAGGUUUCGGGCAGCAGAGGCCCGGCAAUAUCCCAGAGUUCCAACACCACAGCUCGGGACCCUCGGGCCAUGCGGUGCCUGCCCCGUGCCUACCCUUGGAUCAGUCCCCCAACCGGGCGGCCUCCUUCCAUGGCCUCCCGGCCUCCAGCAGCUCGGAUUCCCACAGCCUGGAGGCGCGCAGGAUGGCCAACCAAGGGGGCGUCGAGUCCCUGGAAUACAAUUACCCUGGCGACGGGCCCUCUGGACACUUCGAUUUGCCAGUGUUUUCGCCCUCGGAGACCGAGGGCCAGCUGCCUCACUACGGGACUGGCAGACAGGUGCCCGGGGGCGCCUUCCCGGGAGCCCCGGCCCUACCCAGGGCCCCGGGCAUGGUGGCCAUGUCCAAGAUUCAUCCCCAGCAACAGCAGCAGCAGCAGCAACAGCACGGCGGCAGCGGCGGCGGCGUGUUCUUCGAGAGGUUUGGAGGGGCCCGGAAGAUGGCAGUGGGCAUGGAACCCGGGGUUAACGCGGCCAGGCACCCCUUAAUGCAACAGGCCCCGCAGCCUCCCCAGCCGCAGCCCCCUCCCCCCCAGCCGCAGCCCCAGCCGCCGCCACCGCAGCAGCAGCAACCCCAGCAGCAGCAGCAACAGCAGCAGCCACCUGGGUUGCUGGCCAGACAGAACUCGUGCCCCCCGGCCCUCCCUCGGCAGCCCCAGGCAGAGGCCAACCCGGCCAGUGGCAGCUUGCAAGACGGCGGGCCCCUCCUUCCGACCCAGCACGCCCAGUUCGAAUACCCCAUCCACCGCCUGGAGAACCGGAGCAUGCACCCUUACUCGGACGCGGUGUUUACCAUGCAGCACCCGGCACCUCCCCCUGCUCCCCCGCAGCAGCAGCCCCCGGCGCCCAACCAGAGGCUGCAGCACUUCGAUGCUCCCUACAUGAACGUGGCCAAGAGGGCGAGGUUCGACUUCCCGGGCACUCCUGGCGUGGACCGCUGCGCCUCGUGGAACGGCGGCCUGCACAGCGGAGCGCUGGACAACCACCUGUCCCCUUCCGCCUACCCGGGCCUGCCCGGAGACUUCACCCCUCCGGUGCCCGACAGCUUUCCCCCGGGCCCGGCGUUGCAGCACCCGGGCCCCGACCCGCAGGCCUUGCAGCAGCAGCAGCAGCAGCACCAACAGCAGCAGCAGCAACAGCAGCAGCAGCGCCAGAACGCGGCCCUCAUGAUGAAGCAGAUGGCGUCCCGCACCCAGCAGCAGCAGCAACAGCAGCAGCAGCAACAGCAGCGGCUGCGCCAGCCUGGCCUGCCACCACUCAGUCACCCCGGGGAAGUGGGGCCGGGCAGCGGCCUGGUGCACGGGGGACCCGUGGCCGGCCUGGCCCAGGCCAACUUUGAGAGAGAGAGCGGCGGGGGCGGCGGGGGUGGGGGUGCUGGGCGCCUGGGGAACUUCGACCCGCAGAACCCUCACUUGGCACCAGAGAGCGCCUGGUUCCCCGGGCCCCACCCGCCCCCUCCGCCCCCGGGAGACCUCCUGCCGCGCAGGCUGGGGGGCUCCGGCUUGCCCCCGGACGGCAGCCCCCACGAGCUGGGCCUGGCGCAGGGUGGCUCUGGGAUGCUCUUCAGGGGGCCGGGGGUGGCCGGGCUCGGGUUGCAAGAGUCUCUGCGGAUGCCCGGUGAAGGCCACGUGCCGGCCCUUCACUCGCCCGGCCUGCACUCGCAGUUCGGGGGCAGCCUCGGCGGCCUGGGCCAGUUACAGUCCCCCGGGGCGGGGGUGGGCUUGCCAAGCGCUCCCUCGGACCGAAGAGCACCUCCACCCGACUUCGCGGCGCCCCCCUUGGGCGGCCAGCCGGCCUUCCCGUUCGGCGGCCCGGGCCGCCAGGCCACUCCGCUGAGUAACCCGGGCGUGAGCUCCUCCCCGGGUGGCGCAGGUGGGGCCGGCGGCGGGGCCGGCGGUGGGGGCAGCGGCUACCCUCCCCAGGCCGACUUCCAGCCCAGCCAGCGGGCCUCGGGCAGCAAGCUGGGCGCGCUAAGCCUGGGCUCCUUCAAUAAGCCCAACUCCAAGGACAACCUCUUCGGCCAGAGCUGUCUGGCCGCGCUGUCCACCGCCUGUCAGAACAUGAUAGCCAGCCUCGGAGCGCCCAACCUCAACGUCACCUUCAACAAGAAGAACCAGCCCGAGGGCAAGAGGAAACUGAGCCAGACUGACCCCGAUGGGGCAGGGACCGGCGGCUCCGGGGGCAGUGGCAGUGGCAGCGGGGGUGGCGGCGGGGGCGUCGGCGGCGCGGGCGCCUCAGGACCGGAUUACUUCCCCAGCGGCGCAGCGCCUGGGGGCCCGGGAGGGACCGGAGGCGGAGGCGGGAAGGCCCCAGGCCCGCCUAACCCUCCGGUGCCCGGGGACGGAACGAGUCUUUCGCCCAACUACACCAUCGAGGCCACGUCGGGCAACGAUGGCAAACCGGUGCCCGGAGGCGGCGGGCGGGGCAGGGGCCGCAGAAAAAGGGACAGCGGUCACGUGAGUCCCGGGACCUUCUUCGACAAGUUCUCCGCUUCUGCAGCGGACGGCGGGGGCCCGGGCGUGAGCCCGGGUCAGCAGGUGGCGCCCGGCCCUCCGGGGGGAAGCGCCAGCGGGGAGCCCCGGGGAGCGCCCACCCCUCACGAAAAGGCCCUCACAUCGCCGUCGUGGGCCAAAGGGGCCGAGCUACUCCUGGGCGACCAGGCCGACCUCAUGUCGUCCCUGGACAGUGGCCUCCAGAGCGGGGCUAAGUCGGCAGGCAGCUCCCCGCACGUCGGGGACUUCGCCGACGACGUGGGCGCGGCCUACGCCAAUGAGGACGAAGUGUCGUCCAGUUCCGACAAUGCUGCCACGGGCCUGGCCAAGGCCGGCCGCAGCCCCCUGCUCGGCGGCUCCCCGAAGAUCCCGCGGGGCCCUGGCGGGGAGCACGGACAGAAAGCGGCCCCGGGCCUCGGGGGCCUCCUCACUACCUCUACCUCGACCCCGGACAGCUACGGCGGCGGGGGGGCGGCGCCCCCGGGCACGCCGGGCCUGGAGCAGGUCCGCACCCCGACCAGCAGCACGGCCCCGCAGGACGAAAUCCACCCGCUGGAGAUCCUCCAGGCGCAGAUCCAGCUGCAGCGGCAGCAGUUCAGCAUCUCUGAGGACCAGCCGCUGGGGCCCAAGGGCGGCGCUGGGGGCGGCGGCGGCAGCGGCAGCAGCGGCUCGGGCAAGAAGGCCGAGUGCGCUGGCGGCGGGGGCCAGAACGGGGACAGCGAGCUGGCUGCCUGCUGCCCGGAGGCGGUCAAGAGCGCCAUGAGCACCAUCGACCUGGACUCCCUGAUGGCGGAGCAUAGCUCCACCUGGUACAUGCCUGGCGAGAAGGCUUUGCUGGACGGCCCCGAGGACGACAAGACGCUGGCGCCCUGGGAGAAGGCCAAGGCCCAGAACCCAGUCAGCAAAGAAGGUAGAGGUACCGUGCCCACCUCCUCCUCCCCUUUCACCCCUCCCCCUUCCCGCCUGCCCUUCCCCUGGACUCUGUCGCCAGGGUCUGGCUUCUCCUCCCCCCUCCCCAGGCGCCCCCAUCUUCCAGGGGAAGAAGGGCAUCCUGGGAGUAGUAGUUGGCAUCUGGCAACAUCAGAAGGCCCCAGAGAGCCUAAGGGUUUGGAGGGCUCCCUCUGGGAUGGAGCCCCUUAGGCUACCUUGGUGGAGGGAGGUGGGACACCCUCGUUUGCCCUGGGGGAGAUAGUUAUGCUGCUUAGCCUUAAGGGAUUUUCUCCUCCUCUGCACUCCCCCUCCCCA